AUGGCUUCCUUGUGUAAUUGCCGGCCAGGUGCCAACACGAUCAUUGCUGCGCAGGCUUCAUGGAAAUCACUGCCAAAAACCGUGGCUUUCCAGCCAUCACGCAGAUUCAUGAGCACUCAAAAAUAUGCAUCUACAUCUCGACAAACCCGUUGUCAGGUGCUGCGCUCACCAGCAGCAUCACUCCCCCCUCAAACCCGACCUUACCAUUCGAGCCUCCACGCGCCGCUACCGACUCACGAGUACACCAAUUCUCAAACAGCGAUUCUAUCGGCCGCCCUGGAGCAUAUUUCCGAACAUGGUUUUACAAAGGACGCAUUGAUACUGGGUGCUCGCGAUGUGGGAUUUCUCGAUGUCUCGAUACAACUGUUCUCAAGGCAAGAAAUGGAUCUCGUGCUCUACUGGCUGGCAAGCAGGCGUGGAUUGCUGCGGGCGAAAGUGCAGAACGGUUUAUUUGAAGGACAGCAAAAGAGUGUGGACGAGAAAAUCAAGACCCUUGUGCUUGAGCGACUGAGAAUGAAUAGCGAGAUCAUUCAUCAUUGGCAGAAUGCACUUGCUCUCAUGUCGUUUCCGUCGAAUAUCCCUAUUUCGCUUUCCGAGUUGCACGCUCUUUCAUCCGAUAUCCUAUAUCUGGCCGGCGACGCCUCCGUAGACAGCUCCUGGUACACCAGACGUCUCUCGCUAUCGACAACUUAUGUCAGCGCCGAAAUGAUCAUGACCAAGGAUUCGACUCCUGAUUUUACGCAUACGGAGGAUUUUGUUGAGCGACGCAUUCGAGAUAACGCGACAAUUGGGGGAAAACUUGGAGAUGUGAAAUCGUACUUUGGGUUUAUGGCUGGAACUGCUGUCGGUCUAGGUAGAAGCUGGGGACUCAAGAUCUAA